ACACGCACACACACACACACGAGUCAUCGGACCUGUCAAUCACCCCGGCGGCGCCCUUUGAUGUCGGGGUCCUCGUCUGGUCGUGCUCACUCUUGCAGGAGAACGUUAGUCCUCCUCCAGGCGGCCACGGGACGCCACGGAAAAACUUUUCCCCCUCUUCUUCCGGACUUUUGAAGAGGACAGACCCGCAGAUUUGACGUCUAUUUUUAUUUAUUUUUUUACUUUUUCUUGGUCUUAUUGGACACACGGAAAAAAAAUAAAAAGUGUCCACGGAAUCGCGCACGUCGACAUGCCUCAGCAUGGGGGGGACGACCUGGGCGCCACCGACGAGAUGAUCGCCUUCAAGGACGAAGGCGAGCAGGAGGAGAAGGUCCACCAAGAGUGCGCCUUCACCGAGCAGGACCUGGCCGACCUCAAGUCGUCACUGGUCAACGAGUCCGAGAUCCACCAGCAUAGCCCGGGCGGCCCCGGCGGCGGCGGCGGCGGCGCCUCCUCGGCGGUGAGACGAGGGCAGCUGGCCGAGCAGCAGAGGGGCUUCCCGGACAAGCACAGGGCGCAGCUCGACACCGCAUCCAAGCAGCAAGAUGGCGGCGUGUACAAGACCCCAGGGUACCCCGGGUACCCCUUCCUCAUGCUGCCGGACCCCUACCUCCCCAACGGCUCCGUGUCACCGACGUCCAACAAGGUGUCUGUGGUGCAGCAGCCCCACGGCAUGCACCCGCUCACGUCGCUGCUGCCCUACGGCAACGAGCACUUUGGCACCAGCCCCCCGCACCUGCCCACUGACAUGAGCCAGAAGACGGGUGUUCACAGGCAUCAAUCCCAGGAUCUUUCAGGUUACUACCCUCUCCCUACAGGCGGUGUCGGACAGAUUACGCCCUCUAUGGGCUGGCAGAAGCAGACGGUGUACCCCGCCGCACUGUCCUCGUCCGGGUUUCGACAGUCCUUCCCCUCCAACCUUCCCGCUGCCUCGCCCUACUCCAGGUUCUCUCAUUCUCUGAUGCUGGGCCCGUCCGGCAUGCACCCCACAGGCAUCCCACACCCUGCCAUAGUGCCCCCUUCAGGCAAACAGGAACACGAGCAUUAUGACAGAGGCAUGUAUGCGAAGCCGCACAUGGAUGCCAAGCGGGAGAAGGAGCCCAAGAAGCCCGUCAUCAAGAAGCCGCUCAACGCCUUCAUGCUCUACAUGAAGGAGAUGAGGGCCAAAGUCAUCGCGGAGUGUACGCUCAAGGAGAGCGCCGCCAUCAACCAGAUACUCGGAAGAAGGUGGCACGCGUUGACACGUGAGGAGCAGGCCAAGUACUACGAGCUGGCACGCAAAGAGAGACAACUGCACAUGCAACUGUACCCCACCUGGUCUGCACGCGACAACUACGAGGCGGCAGGCGAAAAGAGUAAAGCCGAUUGGGGAAAGAAGAAGAGGAGGAAAAGGGAGAAGCAGCAGGACCCCAACACAGAGCCUGGCUCCCCUAAGAAAUGUCGAGCUCGCUUUGGCCUCGAGCAGCAGACAGACUGGUGCGGUCCCUGCAGGAGGAAGAAGAAGUGCGUUCGCUACCUUCAAGGAGGAGGCUGCGCGAGCCCAACUUGUUCACAUUUAAGUGCCGUAGACUCCACGCCGCCGCCCUCGCCCGGCACCGUGGCUCGCGGACCCCCUUUCCACCACCACCACCACCAACUACAACAACAGCAGCAUCAGCGCCCAUCUCGCCCCCCUUCUUCCACAGCCCUGGGCAAACGCAAGCGCCCGGAGCAGCCACUGUUGGCCACGUGACUCGGCUCGCUCGCUUUCCUCAGCAACCAAGGGGGGGGGAAGAAAAUCAUAUCAAAAUGUGUACAGCAGGGAUAUGUUGCAUUUAAACAAAAAAAUAAUAAUCCAAGGAGAUGUGUUUAAAACAAAAAAACAAAAAAAAAGUCCACACAAACACACAUUGUUAGCCUAACAGCAUAAUUGCCUGUUGUUUUUUUUUAUGUUUGUGGAAAACAAAAAAAAUAAUUCAACAAGGAAUUCCAGUUGCCUCAAGUCAACUUUUGCGCAACUCAAUGACUGAGAAUCUAUACAGACCCCCAAAAAAAACACAUUUUUUACGAAGCCGCAUUAGUAUUUUUUAUUUAUAUUGUGACAAUAAAUUAAAAAUAGCAUAGGCUAAUUGUGCUAUUAGGCUAACAAAAUUUUCUUUAAAAACACAUUUCUAUAUUCUUUUUAACACCAUUUUUUAUUAUUGUGCAUAGACAGGAACAGAUUUUUUUUGUCUUCAAAAAUUAUAAAAUAAUAUAAUCCUUCAAAUAAAUAAAAUCUGAAAACUACAUUUUUUGCAUGUACACAGGAAACAGAUUUUUUUAUUUGUAGCUAAAAAUAAAAUAUUGUCUAUAAAUAAAAUCUGGAACAGUUUACCCUUUUUUGCACGUUGACAGGAAACAGAUUUAACAUUUUAGCAAAACAAUGAUAAAAUAAUAAAAUACUGCAUGUAAAUAAAAUCUGUACACGCCCUUUGAUUUUUUUUCCCCAUGUAGACAGGAAAUUGUUUUUGUUUGUUUGUAGCUAAAAUUAUGAAAUAAAAUCUAGAAAUCUUUUUCCUCCAUUUUUUGCGCAUUGACAAGAAAGAUUAUUUGAUUUUGUCUUCCACUGAAAGUGAUGAAAUAAUAAAACAGUGCAUAGAAAUAAAAUCAGGAAACUGUAUUUCCUAAUACUUGCACAAAGAGAGGAAACCUUUUUUUUGUCUUGAGCUAAAAAAAAGUAAAAAAAUAGGGAAAGAGAAAAAAACAUUUCUUUCAAGAAAUAUUUAGGAGUUUUUUAACUUAAAUUAUUUAAAAAUAGUAAUUAACUAUAAUAAAAAAAUGUGUUAGGUUUCAAAUCAAAUUAAACAUCUUUUCUCGAAAUAACCUUUUACAUUGACAAUAGAUUUUUGACAGUAAAAUGUUUUGGGUAUUUUUCGCAAAAGACAAGAACUUAGUCUUACAGUUUAAUAUUUAAAAAUAAUGAAAUAAAUGAUAAGUUAAACGAAAUAUAUUUAUUGUGUGUUUUAAAUUAAAUAUUUAAAAAACUAAUAAUUUUUAUUGGACAACAACUUUAUACCAGCAAUUCCCUUUUUCAGCCUUCAAAACUAAAUGUGAGGUGUUAUGCCGCCUCCCAGUGCUAUGGCCUGAUAGCCUAAAUGGGUAGUUUCGAUGAGAUGACUAGAUGAGGAACAAAUGUGUUUUAAAAGAAAUAUUUAGCGUCUGUGUGGACGUUAGGAUUCAUCCUUCUGCGAGCAUUUGAUCCAAUCUUUCAACUAUUUUAGGCACUUUCACUCGUGUUUCAUAUUUUCUUCUGGCUUAUUUCUAAGGUCAGAAAUUUUGCUGGUGGCCAAACCUGAGAGGGAUUUAUAUCAUUAUUUUUUUCAAUUGUCUUUUUUUUUUUUCUUCCUUUGUUUUGACUGAGUAUUUUGUACACAAUCUCUAAGACGACCAAAUGGGUACUAUUAUAUUACAUGUUGUAAAGGUGUUUUUUUUUUGUUUGUUUUUUAUAAAUGUCAAAGUUCCCAUUGUUCUAAUUACCUUUAAUAUGUUUAUGUAAAACAAAAAAUUAAAUGGCUUAAAAAAAAUUUUAGUUGAGUCUGUAUCUUAAAAGCAAUAUUGUAUGUUUUCUUAACUGUACUUUUGCAUUCACAUGGCAAGUUCUCAUUUCUGCAGUGUUACUUUUAAAUGUCCCACCAGAAUUCACUCUAAUGCUGUUUUUUAUACACAUUUCAUCAAUUCUUGUUUAGUUGACGUAUUAAAUUGUUAAAUAAA